AUGGCAUCCCCAGAAAUCCACCACCUCUUCCACAAUCCCAUCGCCGAUCAUUCGUUUUCAGCCGAUCGCACGACCGUUGCAGUCGCUCGCGACUCGACCAUUGAGUUGUAUGGGAAGGUCGGCAACGCCUUCAAACUCAAGGAUGAAUUGAAGGGCCACGACAAGCUGGUCACCAGCGUGGAUAUUGCUCCGAACAGCGGACGGAUUGUCACCUGCUCUCAGGACCGUAAUGCCCUCGUGUGGGAGCCAUCGCCUACCGGGUACAAGCCGACCCUCGUACUGCUUCGAAUCACCCGAGCGGCGACCUUCGUCCGCUGGUCGCCCAACGAGACCAAGUUCGCCGUCGGUUCGGGAGACCGGCUGAUUGCCAUCUGCUACUUUGAGGAGGAGAACGACUGGUGGGUCUCGAAGCAUCUUAAGAAGCCGAUCCGGAGCACGAUCACCUCGGUGGCCUGGCACCCCAACUCGGUGCUCCUCGCUGCAGGCUCGACCGACGCACACGCCAGGGUCUUCUCCAGCUUCAUCAAGGGCACCGAUGCCCGCCCCGAGCCCACGCUCUGGGGUGAGAGGCUCCCCUUCAACACCGUAUGCGGGGAGUACUUGAACAACUCGGCUGGAUGGGUGCAUUCGGUCGCCUUCUCCCCUAGCGGAGACGCCCUGGCCUUCGCAGCGCACGACAGCAGCGUCACGGUGGUCUAUCCCGGCGGCCCCGAGCAGCCGCCGCGAGCGGUGCUCACUAUCACGGCCCAACUUCUGCCCUUCAUGAGCCUUUUGUGGAGCGCUGAAGACGAGAUCAUCGCUGCCGGCUAUGACUGUGAAGCCUUCCGUUUCAAAGGUGGAGAGGGAGGGUGGCAACUUGCUGGAAGCCUCGAGGCGAAGGGUCGCCCUGGCCUCGGGGAGGCGCGCGAAGAAUCCGCGCUGAACAUGUUCAGGCAGAUGGACCUCAGAGGCAAGGCCAAAGACGACACGCAGCUCAAGACAGUCCACCAGAACACCAUUACUACCAUCCGGCCGUUUGAAACCUCUGGCGACCGCGUCACAAAGUUCACCUCCACCGGUGUCGAUGGAAGACUUGUCAUUUGGGCCACCUAG